AUGGCACCCUCUCAGCAUGCUGAGACCACGCAAGUCAUCAUAGCCCUCAGACGCAAGCGAUUGCGCGAUAGGCGGGCUGCCUCAGAUGAACCGAUUCAGAGCAGCACAAACCGAUAUAAUAAGUUGAAGAAGGGCGCUGGUCAUGUUCAUGCCGGUGCACUACCAUAUCCACGCGGACCUACUGGCUACAAGCAUCCUGUCGAGCAUGCCGGCUAUACCAGAAACAUCCUUGACCGAAACCCACCACGGCUCGAUGCGUUCGGCGACGAAGUUGACGAGAACGAGAGUGACGCAGAGGCUGACGCCGAUGCGCGCGAAGCAAACCCAUAUAGCGACGUCCACCUUGAAGUACUUCUCUGCCCACUCAAACAUCCCUCCGAACUCGCAACCCAUCCUUCGCUCUCAAUACCAUACCUCGACCCCGCUCUGCCCGACAUGGUCACUACUACAGAAGAGAAGCUUCGACAGGAAAGAGCAAAUCUGUGGAAUGCAAAGAAUCUGCAAAGGCAGCUAAUCGGCGACGAGUCGUGGAUCCCACUUGAAAAGGUCGAGACGCCAGAUGACUGGGAUUUGUUCGAGCCCAAGCCUAGGCAGGCUGCGGAAACGAGUCUGAAGCGGAAAAGAGACGCGGAUGAAGACGAGGAGACGAUCGGCGAGUGCGCAGUGGUGCAGCAUACGGACACAAAUAACGAGAUCGCAAAUGCUGCCUCGAAGGAGUCCGGAAGCGUCGCAGCCACGGUAGUUGAGGAGGCUCAUGAUGCUGUCACCAAGGUAGAGUCCAAUGAGCAGCCCAACGAAGAUGUGGUCAUGCAAGAAGGCGACCACGGCGAAUCAGCGGACACGGCAAUCGAGCCAGCACCGGAGACAAAUACUACGCAAUCAAACGGCGUCACUGCACAACCCGAAGAAACAGCAGAACCCCAAAACGAGACCACGAAAGACAACCAUACCACAGAAGAUGGUCAAGACCCCGCCGAAGACGCAGCCUCUUCGACGUCCUCGACACCCCCUCCACCAACCCGGCGCAUAACGCGCGCCCUCGCCGCCGAAGAAAACAACGACUCCGAUGACGAUAGCCACUCCGAAUCAUCCUCAACCGCACCAUCGUCGCUUCUCCUCCAACCCGACCCCCUCUUCCUCAUCCCACCACAUCUCCACCCUACAGAUCCACACACCCGCCUCCUCCAGACCGCCGCCUCCCUGUCCCUCACGCCUGAAGAGCUCCUCGAGACCCGCUCCCUCCUGGGACUAUAUAUCCAGAAACAAGAGGAAAUCCUCCGAGGCUACGAAUCAUUACUCCAAAAGCUGUAUCUGGCAAAACACCGCCGAGACAGCGUGUGGCGGUGGUCUAAAGCCGAAGGCCACGUUGAUGAGUGGAGCGAUGGGGAGGACUGGGUCGAUACCGAAGAGUGGGAACUUCCUCAGGAGGGAGAGUAUGCGCUGCGAAAGGGCAAGGAUGAAGAUGAGGUGGCGGCGGAGGAGAAGGAGAAAGAAAGGGAGAGGGGCCUGGGCGGCGGCGGAAGGAAUGGGAAUGGAGAAGUGGAUGAAAGGGGUGCCUUGAACAGAGCCAAUGGUGCAGGAAAGAAAGGAAAGGGAAAGAGGCGAAGAAACAUCAACAACCAUGUCGUUGGCGGGCACGCCAGUACGGUAACCACUGCCAUGGGAAGGAGCGUGGCGAAUGGCGCUGAUGAGAGAGCAAGUGGGAGUGUGCAAGACGAGGUUGGUCAUGUGGGCGGUGGCAGUGGGAGAGGUGGUGGUCUGAGGUGGGACGACUUUGGUCGGUGA